UUUCAUGGCUCCCUCUCCCUAUUAUUUUGCGCCUUUACCUUAACUCCCCAGUUUCAUCUCCUCCUCCUUUCUUACCAUUUCUCUCUUCAAAAUUUACCCAAAAAAAAUAUCCAAAAUUUCACCUAUAAAAGUAACAAACCAGCUAGUAAUUUCUCUGUCUUUUGCUUUAUAACAUCCUCAGUUGACAAUUUUUGUCUCAGCUAAAUUUCUUGGAAUUUUCCUUUGAAUUUUCCAAGUUUGGUUAAUAGAAUUCAAAAUCUUGAAAGACCCAAAUUUUGGUUUUUUCUUCACCAGUCACUUUCUUGUAGAAUUAAGUUUUUUCAAGAAUUGGAAAAAAAAAUGGAAGCUUUGAACCGUUUUUACUGUAGGAAAAGGUCCAGGUUUCGUGGAAUUUUCAAUGGAGUUUGUUUGUCUGUUUUGGUUCUUUUCUUCUUCCAUAGACAAAAUGUUCUUCAAAGUCCAUUUUCUAAGAAAUCUUAUUCCUUUAUAAGGAGCUUCAAAAUUAGUACUGUUAGAAGAGAAAUUGUUGAAAUUCAAGAUGUUGGGGUGUCAACUAGUAAUCUCAAAUUCUGUGCAGGGUUGUAUAAACAUAAGGGUUAUAGUACUAAAUGUGAGUAUUUAAAGGCUAAUCCUCAAUGUAAUUCAGGGGGUUUCUUUAAUUAUCUUAUGUUCUUUUACUGUGACUGUGAAAGUUUUAGUUUUUUAGGGUAUGUGACACUUGCCAUUUGGUUGAUUGGUUUGUUCUAUUUGUUGGGAAAUACAGCUGCUGAUUACUUCUGUUGUUGUCUUGAAAAGUUGUCUAAUUUGUUAAAACUGCCACCAACUGUAGCUGGUGUUACUCUUCUCCCUUUAGGGAAUGGAGCACCUGAUGUUUUUGCGAGUAUUGCUGCUUUUAUGGGCAGUGAUUCUGGGGAUGUUGGUUUGAAUAGUGUUCUUGGUGGAGCUGUUUUUGUUACCUGUGUUGUAGUUGGUACUGUCUCCUUAUGUGUUGCUGAGCAAUGUAUUAGGAUUGAUAAGAAAUGUUUUAUUAGGGAUGUGUGUUUCUUUAUUGUAGCGCUCGUUUCGCUUCUAGCUCUUUUGAUUAUAGGCAAGGUGACUGUUUUAGGUGCUGUUGCCUUUGUCUCUAUUUAUUUGGUGUAUGCUGUUUUUGUUGCUGUAACUGAGAUGUUAAGGAAUCGUUGUGGUGGUAGUAGUAGUAGUAGUAGUUUGAAGUUGGAUUCAGUUAGUCCGUUGUUGCCGGUUACAGCUAGUAUGUUGUCUAGUAGUGUAGAUGGAGAGCACGAUUCUUUAAGUGCGCCUCUUCUUAAGUCGGAAUCUGUUGAUGGAUUGGUGCAACUACAGGGUCAGAUGCCACAUUGGAUGUGGCUUUCGAAUGUGGCAAUUUUCUCUGAUGAAGUUGUGAAGGACAAUCGCGGAGAAAGUCCAAUGGUUUUGUGGGGUUGGAAUGAACAGGACGAUGUGAAUUAUCAGUCAUCUUCCUUUUCGUGUUCCAAGUUGUUUUCACUGCUAGAAAUACCAUUAACACUUCCAAGAAGGUUAACAAUUCCUAUUGUCGAUGAGGAAAGAUGGUCAAAAGUAUAUGCUGUUUCCAGUGCUACGUUGGCGCCCCUGCUUUUAGCGUUCCUUUGGAACACUCAGGAUGAUUUGCACUACCCUGCUAGCGCUGCAUAUGUUGUUGGUGCUAUAGUUGGUGGUAUACUUGGAGGUAUUGCAUUCAUCUACACAAAUGUUGAUCAUCCGCCUCGGAGAUGCUUAUUUCCAUGGCUUUUCGGAGGUUUCUUUAUGAGUAUUAUUUGGUUUUACAUCGUGGCUAACGAGCUAGUGGCGUUGCUAGUGGCAUUUGGUGUUAUCUUUGGUAUCAAACCAUCGAUUCUAGCAUUAACUGUAUUGGCAUGGGGCAACUCAAUGGGUGACUUAAUGUCAAAUGUCGCGAUAGCAGUGAAUAGUGCAGAUGGUGUGCAGAUUGCUAUGUCGGGUUGUUACGCGGGGCCUAUGUUCAACACACUUAUUGGUUUAGGCAUCUCAAUGCUCCUUGGAUCUUUGUCAAAGAAGCCACAAUCGUAUAUGUUUCCAACAGAUGAUAGCUUGUAUUACACAAUGGGAUUUCUAAUGUUGGCAUUAGUUUGGGCACUCAUCGUGCUACCACGAAACGAUAUGCGCCCGAGCAAGUUGUUAGGGUUGGGACUUAUGACUAUUUAUGUAGUUUUUCUAUCAAGUAGAGCUAUGCUUGCUAUGGGAGAUGGUUCAUGGGGCAGCCCGGUGCACUAAGCGCCCGCUAUGCGCGGGAUCCGAGGAAGGGCCAGACCACAAAGGUCUAUUGUACGCAGCCUUACCCUGCAUUUUUGCAAGAGGCCGUUUCUGCAAGAUGGUUCAUGUAAUGAUGUAAGCUAAUUAUAUUUGAGUAGAAAGUUCCAUAGUAACUCAUUCUUUUUUGGGCAGAGUUAUGGGAACUACUAUGUGUAAGUUGUCUGAGAUGUUGCAAUUGCCUAUAAAAGGUCUUUUUGACAGUGUAGAAAUUGUCUUGGUACAAUGUUGCAACACAAAUUUGAAAGAUGUCUUAUGUAUAUAAUGCCAGAAAAAUAGUGCUAUACUUGGUUAUCACAUUUCAUUUUGCAGGAGCAAAGCAGUU